CAGUGAUACUGUGAUCAGCUCUCAUGGCAUCAGACAGUACUGGCCUGUCGCUGUGCGUCAUGCAUGACUCUAUUUUUAUGUGUGUGAAAAACAUGUGAAUUGCUCCAGCAUUUGAGACUUUGAAUACUAAUCAAUCACUCAUCAUCAGUCAUAUCACUCAAUAGAGUGCCUUUUGGCUUUCAUUCGCUUUCAAAUUCAUGGAUGCCAGCGCAAAUUUCCACCGAAUCAUAUUCCUUAUCAAUAACUAGCAGCAAAGCAAGCCCCGUACACUUCCAUCCACUCCCCACGUUUUGGGUUUCGGCCGAAACGGACCGAAAACAGCUCGAGGAGGGACGGUUCUUGCAUGAUCUAUCGGGCCAGAUAAAUAUAGGAUUUCGCCCUUGAGGCAACCACAUCACAACAUACUCAAGAGAGGAAGAAGAGGCAUGAAGCUGGUAACGGGAGCUAUGAGCUCCCUCCUCCCCAAGCUGGCCGAGCUCCUCCAGGACGAGUACAACCUGCAGACGGGCGUGAAGAAAGACGUCGAGUCACUAUCGAGGGAGCUGGAGAGCAUCGAGGUUGCUCUUGCCAAGGUCGCUGAGGUGCCACUGGACCAGCUGGACAAGCAGGUCCGUCUCUGUUCUCGCAAUGUCAAGCAGCUGUCGUACGAGAUGGAGGAUAUUGUUGACGGCUUCAUGGUGCGGGUAGAGGGCUCCGAGCCAGACGCAGAUCUGAAGAGAUCCAAGAGAUUCAGAAAAAAGAUCGCCAACUUCUUCAAGAAAGGCAAGACUCGUCAUCAGAUCGCUGACAAGAUCCAAGAUAUCAAGGUUCGAGUCAGGGAGGUGGCUGACCUGCGUGACAGAUACAAGAUCGACGAUGUUCGUGCUAAUCUGUCUGCAACGAACACCGUUGAUCAUGUUCAUGCUAAUCUGUCUGCAACGAACACCGUUGAUCCUCGCAUAACGGCUCUGUUCAAAGACCAGAAAGAGCUCAUUGGCAUUGAGGAGCCAAGGAACGAGCUAAUAAAGAGGCUCAUGAUGGAAGGGGAUGAUGAUGGUUUGUUGAGCUCCAGGAUGCAGCUCAAGAUACUCUCCAUCUUUGGAUUUGGAGGACUUGGCAAGACAACUCUUGCCAAAACAGUCUACGACAAGCUACAAGGGGAAUUCGUUUGCAGGGCUUUUAUUUCGGUGGGUCAAAAUCCUAGCGUGAAAAAAGUUCUCAUGGAUAUUCUUUGCAAACUUGACGAGAACUCCUAUUUGAAUGCAACAAUGUUGGAUGAGGAGCAACUCAUCGGAAAGCUCUGUGGAUUGCUUGAGAACAAGAGAUUUCCGCAGGCAUAUUCUUCUGUGAAACUUUGUGAAAAAUUGGAAGGGGAUGAUGAUGGUGGUGUGUUGAACUCCAAGAUGCAGCUCAAGAUACUCUCCAUAUUUGGAUUUGGAGGUCUUGGCAAGACAACUCUUGCCAAAGCAGUCUAUGAUCUCCUACAAUCAAAUUUCGUUUGCAAGGCUUUUGUUUCAGUGGGUCAGAAUCCUAAUCUGAAGAAAGUUUUCAUGGAUAUUCUCCUCCAACUUGAUGAGAAGUCUAGUUUGAAUGCAUCUAUGUUGAACGAGGAACAACUCAUCAGAAAACUCCGAGGAUUUCUUGAGAACAAGAGGUACCUCAUUGUCAUUGAUGACAUAUGGGACAAGAUUCCAUGGAAUAUAAUGAAAUGUGCUUUGAUUGAUAGUAACUGUGGAAGUAGAAUAAUCACAACCACUCCUAUUUUUGAAGUUGCCGAAGAGGCGGACGAUGUUUAAAAGCAAAAGCCACUUUCUUCUGGUACAUCCAAGGAAUUAUUCUAUACAAGAUUAUCUAUUGGUAAAUGCAAAAUUACUUCUGGUCAACCGAUUGAGAUAUCUGAAAAGAUUUUACAAAAAUGUGGUGGCAUGCCGUUAGCCCACCUGCCGUAUCACGGUUAAUUACCUGACGACCCAGUACUGAACCACGACGGCGUCGAGCAUUGAACCGCAUGUUCGCGUCGAGAACUAUUGCCGCUGUAGCAACCAUUAGUUCAUGGUCGUCGUCUUCAUGCUCCUCCUCCUCCUCCGACGACGACGACGACGACGACGACGACGACGACGACAAACUCACGUAUUGCCAAAAUAAGCUACGACUCAUUUUUGUGAGAGGGGGCUGAGAGAUGUGGUAGAGAGUGAAUGGAGGUGGAGAGUGAAUGGACAAUGGUUUCAGAGCUCCACAUAUAUGUAGACCAAGAAAUAUAUCCGUUGAAAAUAUAGCCGUUGAGAACA